AGCACACCCUUCAGCACGCCACUGCGUCUGAGCGCAGCUGGGCCGCCCCAGUCUCCUCUGUCAAUACAACCAUUCAAACAAGCUGCUACUGUUAGAACAGACAGUCACGUGCCCUGAAAUCAUCCCCAUGACACUCGCGCGUACUGACAUGAAGAGUCAUUUUCCAAGCAGCUCUGCCAGGCUGAAGCAUGCAGUGUGCUUUAACAAUGCGGACCUGUGGAUUUCUGCGGUAUUUCUAUACAUUUCUAUAGUAUUGGACACUUUGUAGUUUGUGCUAACUGGUGAAAGGCUAGAGGAUGGGGAUGCUGGGCAGCAGCAGCAAGCUGUGCGAGGCUUUCCGGCUCCGCUGCUGUGUCACAGCCAGCGAGCAGCACAUCUGGCAGUGAAGUCUGCGCCUCCUGAAGCCGCACAGGCUGACAAUGUGGAGGGCGUCUCACCUGGUUUAGGGGGUGUGUGUGAGCACCGCGGCUCACUCUUCAUUUAGUCAUUUGUCGGUCGCUUGACUGCAGCUGUGCACCCAGACAGCACCCGAGGGAUGUGGGGCAGCCAGGGAACAGGUCUGUUGGACGCCCUCUCUGUGCCGCUGGUCGUGGCCGUGAUGUGCUGCGCCCAGAGCGUCAACGAACCGGGGAACAUGUCUUUCGUCAAAGAGACAGUGGAUAAACUGCUCAAAGGAUAUGAUAUCCGUCUUCGGCCAGACUUUGGAGGUCCACCGGUUGCUGUUGGCAUGAGUAUAGACGUGGCAAGUAUAGACAUGGUGUCAGAAGUCAACAUGGACUACACGCUGACUAUGUACUUCCAGCAGUAUUGGAGAGAUAAGAGGCUGGCUUAUGCAGGGAUCCCUCUCAACCUGACACUAGACAACAGAGUAGCAGACCAGCUCUGGGUCCCAGACACCUACUUUCUCAAUGACAAGAAGUCCUUUGUGCAUGGUGUCACAGUAAAGAACCGGAUGAUUCGACUUCACCCGGAUGGCACUGUUCUCUACGGCCUCAGAAUCACGACGACGGCCGCCUGCAUGAUGGAUCUGAGGCGAUACCCGCUGGACGAGCAGAAUUGCACUCUGGAAAUUGAGAGUUAUGGUUACACAACAGAUGAUAUAGAGUUUUACUGGAAAGGAGGAGAAACUGCUGUGACCGGGGUAAAACGCAUUGAGCUCCCUCAGUUCUCCAUAGUGGACUACAAACUGGUUUCCAGGAAUGUAGUCUUCUCCACAGGUGCCUACCCUCGACUGUCUCUGAGCUUCAAGCUGAAGCGAAACAUCGGAUACUUCAUCCUGCAGACGUACAUGCCCUCCAUCCUCAUCACCAUCUUGUCCUGGGUGUCGUUCUGGAUAAAUUAUGACGCCUCAGCUGCCAGAGUUGCAUUAGGGAUCACCACUGUGCUGACCAUGACAACCAUCAACACCCAUUUGAGGGAGACGUUGCCCAAAAUCCCCUACGUCAAAGCCAUAGACAUGUACCUGAUGGGCUGCUUCGUGUUCGUCUUCCUGGCUCUGCUGGAAUAUGCCUUUGUCAACUACAUCUUCUUUGGCCGAGGUCCUCAGAUGCAGAAAAAGCUGGCAGAAAGGGCGCAGAAGGCAAAUAAUGACCGCAGUAAAUUUGACAGGCCCAAGUCCAUUCUGGAAGGAGGCAAUUGCAAGUCUUCGUCUCUUAAACUGUCCAAUCAGGUACAAGGGCGUCGUCACUCACGACGGGUCGACUCCCAGGGGAACAUUUUGCUGACAACCUUGGAGAUCCACAACGAGGUGGGAGGGAACGAGAUAACAACCAGUCUGAGCGAGACCCACAACUCGUCCUCCAUGGUCUUCGACAACUCAGCUAUCCAGUACAGAAAGCCAAGCGGGUCACGCGAGUUGGGCCGCCACAGCCUGGACAGGAACGCACAUCUUAAGAAAACCCGUCUACGAAGACGGUCCUCGCAGCUCAAAAUCAAAAUCCCAGACCUCACUGAUGUGAAUGCCAUCGACAGAUGGUCACGGAUUAUAUUCCCCUCUGCCUUCUCCCUCUUCAACCUCAUCUACUGGCUUUAUUAUGUUCAUUAAUGCACUGUGUUUUUUUAAGCCCAUGUGAUUCUGGUUUAUGACUGAGAGAAGCCUUGUGUGGCCAACCCGACACGGUAACGUCCUGAACGCUUUUUUAACAUGAUACGUGCAGAAAGAAUCAUGCACAGCCACAAGGAUUUACCUGCAGAACAUGCAUCUUACAAAGACUUGCAUGUGAAGUCAGCCCUGUGAUCACCUGCGACUCUAUCACACAAACUGAAACACACUUUUGCAGCACUGCAUCUCCAAAAGAUGAUUUAAGUUGGAUUCGAUGAGCUGCUGAAACCUUCCCCUAUAAUUUCAGUAUAACAUGUGGCCACACUAUUAAAUUUAAUCGUAAAGGUUUGUAGUAUUAUGACAGCGCUAACCUUCCUUAUAUCUGCACAUGGACAAAGGCGGACCUGUAAGAUCCCAUGCACCCAGACUAAACAGACUUUGCCCAGGCAGGAAAUUAUUUGGUAUGAAAUCAGCCAUAAAGGAAUAGUUGUGAUAUUUUGGGAAAUGUGAUAUUACAAAAGCCUAGUUGAGAUAAAAUGACAUUAAAACAAUAAGGCUGCACCCAGUUUUGUUAUUUUUCAUGAUGCCCUUUGUUUGUCGUAUUAUAUACAUCCAGCAUACCCCUUUUCCUUACAAUUGUGCACUUUUGUUUCUCCCAAAAUGCCAAAGCUCGUUAAGUGUUUAGUUCCAGUUGCUUCAAGACGAUAGAAACAGAGUCUGUGGUCAACAAGCUCAAUCUAGAAGUUGUACCAAGGUUACAGGAGCUGGACCGUGUGUUGUUGUCCCUGUGCCGUUGUUCAAAUGUUCCCUAGACUUGAGAUCAUUUGGUUUCAGUUCAAAUUGUAUUUAAAUUUAAUGGAAAUACUACUUUCUUAAAAAGUUCAGUAAGUUUUUGCUGAUCCUACUGACCAAAAUCUUUGUUAGCAUUUCUGCUAAUCAAAUAGUUUAAUGCUAUGCUCAUUUCUAUCCUGUAAGUUCUUGUUGAUGAUGGAAAGUAACUAUAACACGUUACUCUAUGAUAUCAAAACAGAGCCAUGUCUUUGCAGUCGGGAACAAUAAUGACCUUCCUGACACAACAUGUAGUAUUUCUGUAAAAGUAGAGUUAGAAUUAUCGCAUGUCAUUGAUGAUGACUCAGAAAGUUGAGUAUAAAUACCAAUAUCCAAUCAACUUAGCUUAAUUUUCAGAACCCAAUUUUAAAUAACAGGAAUAGAACCAGUACUGCAUUUUAGAAAUAACUUUAUUUUCUCAUUUAGUGCCAUGAAUGAAAGCUUUUUAAAAGGUUGGAAGAACUAGCCCUAAUCGUAUUUCUGAUGCUAACACAUCACGCCACUUCAACCACUGCAAUAAAAUUGUCAUUUUAACAUUUUUGUGUGAACAAAUUAGGUCAUGAGUGAUGUUUUGUGUUACUCUGUGGGCUAUUGAGGCUAGUACAUGGAUUAUUUUCAUAUUUGUUCAAAGCAAUGCUUGCAAUUUACCGCUAAGCUAGGCUAAUCCUCUAAAGAAAAUGCAAAAAUAAAAGGACUUCCCAAAAUAUCAAACUAUUUUAUCAACGUGUGCAUUUACACAUUUUCAAAAUGCCAUAUUUCCGACAAAAACUGGAGAGAUUGUGUGACCUUAGUACAAAGGUUUCCAGGCUUUUGUAGUGAUUUUUUUUAUCGAGGAAUGUAUUAGAACAGUUUACAUCGUCCCACUAUUUUUGUCACGUUGCUUUCUGUUGAUUUUGUGAAACACGUACAUAAUACAGCACAAUCCAUAACUUCCUUGUUUGUUUCAGACUGCAUGUUGUACUGAGGACUGAGUCGUGGCUGCAGAUCCCGACCCUCUGGGGAUUUGAUGUACAUACUGUAACUGUGCACAUUUUUUCUCAGCUCACAGUAAUUACAUGGCUAUGUUGUCAACGGUGUUUUGCUCAGUGAUUUCUGGCCUCGCUGUUCUGUUUUUGUUAGUCUUUACACAAACUUAUCAUUUCCUUUUUGUGACAGUAAAUAUAAAAACACAAUAUCAGUUCGUUAUCAUUUCCAUUUUUUCCUAAAGGUAGAGCAUGUGAAGUCCUGUUAAGUGAAGGAGGAACUGAUGGGAGGUGUGUAGCGUCUCCUAAACAACCAUUCCUGCCAGACACAGCUUACAACAUGCCAUCUGACUGCUUGCUUGAGCAACUCGCAGCGCGUAGGAGUGACACCACCUGUCAGUAAUCCUCGCAGCUCGGUGACAUCCAUGCGCGCCGGCCUCACGGAGCCCAAAAUCAAGAACGAAUCGCACAUAACUAACACUUUCUCAAUGGGUUUCGCAUUUUUUUUUAAACACUUUGCUUGAUGAUCUGUUUCUGCAGACACUGCAGCUUUUUCCAUGAAGUGCUCCACCUUCAAAGUCUUAAUGGGUCAGGAAGAUCGGGGCAGGAAAUGGUACAUAUUUUUGGCAUUUGCUAAAUAAAUCAAAACAUUUUAAUUCAUAAUUUUUGGUCCAAGCACUAUAAAUAUCCGUGCUACGCAAACACAAUCCGCUGCUAAGAUUAACCCUUGCUGUGCAAUUACAUUACAGACAUUAUAAUAUAGAUUUUAUAUCUUUUUAUCUCUCUCAAGGAUAUCCAUUCCUAUUUAACCAUCCAUCUACUAUGAAUGGAAAGAUCAAUACACAUCUGGAGAGAUAUAAGUAGAUUUUUGUGUUUGUCUUUUUCCAUCUUUGAGAGAUGGAUAAAAGCAUCUGUGUGGAUAUCUGUCUGUCUGUGCCAUGAACAGAAGGUAUUUUUAGCCAUCCUUCUAUAUUGUACCCUAUAUGGUACCCUGUUGAAAUUUUACCUUUGUGUCCAAUAUGUGAGCCCAAGUAAGAGUAAAUACACAUCAGCGAUCAUUAUUGACAAGACACUGUGCCAAAAAAUGAAAACUUAAUUGUAUUCAUGCAUAUUUAUGCAAAAAUCAUGGUACACUGUGGUGGACGUUGCCUGCCGUAUAGUUUUUCCUCAAGCUUAGCUAACAACUGAAUUGCAAUAGCGUUCCCACCUUAAAUAAAUUAGUGACAUUUUCUUGGAAAUUAGGAACAUAUGUUUUCAUUAACUGUUUUUUAAUAAGUUACUGUUACAUGUGUGAUGAAAGUAACAAUAUACUCAUUGUUUUUGGGUCACAUUUAGACAUUUAAGUUUAAAUAUUAUAUUGAAUAUUGUGCUCAUAAAUAUACACUGAUUAGUGUUUAAUUACAUCUUUCAACAAAUUGAUGCCUUCUAACAAACUGAGAAUUAAUCCAUUAAACAUAAAUACGAGCGGAAGCUGGUUUGUGGAAGUCGUCACAUGGCCCUGCCAUCUUGAAUACAGUAGCCAAGGUGGACAUCACAGUUCCACUUGAUCACAUUUUAUGUAUCGCUGGAGAUCGAACACAUACGUAAGAACGGAGAAGAGAACGUGAAGGCAUUCUUGUGCUUUAGGAACAAAUUUUAAUUCAUAUCAGCAAGAUAUGAGAAGAAGAAGACUAACUCAGUCACGGCAUCAACCGUCCCCUUUUCUCAGAUUAGCAAACAAGCAAGCAAUUUAUAUAGCACUUUCAGAAACAAAGUGCUGUACACUUGACAAAUAAAAAAUGAUAAGCAUAUUAAAUUACAUUUUAAAAGGCGGGGAGGGGGCUGUCUAAUGUGCAGGGGCAGGUUAUUCUGAGUUCCCUCUUGGACCCGGGUACCUCCAGGAGCAGCUUGUCAGCUGACCUGAGAAACCAGGGGGCGUCAGAUUCAUUUAAAAAACAAACAUAAGAAUUUUAAAAUGACCUCUAAGAUAUACAGGCAGCCAAUGUGGUGAAGCCAGGAUGGGAGUUAUGUGCUCUCUUUUGUCGUGCAGCAGCAUUUUGAACCAUUAGCAACAGUACAAGUAAAGAGCAGUGUGCUUGGAGUUUAACCCCUUUUGGCAAGCUUAUUUUCUCUAAGUAUAAUGUAAGUUUCAAAUAUGUGUGUGUUUACAUUUCUUGCUCAGUGCAGCCAACAUGAUUUAAUGACUUGGGUAAAAGCUGCCAGUUAUUAGACUGUUAAUGGUUAAAACUUUUCUGGAUGAAUGUGUGGAGGCUCGUUGUAGCCAUAAAGCCUAGCUGUCCUCACCACUGUAACCCUUAUAUUUGUGCCAUCUGAGAGUGAAAGGUGGACAGAUCUGAGACCUGUUUUCUGUUUUGCUAAAGAUGAUGUAGUGACUACAGUUUGGUCCUGCAGGUGUUACAGCAGGUAAAGUCCAUGCAAAUAAUGAGAGAAUUGAUUAUUUCUGAUACAAAGUUAACGCUCAGUGGCCUGAGAGGUCAAAUGCAGUGGUAGAAAAGUCCAGAGGUGACUAAAGCAAACAUGUAACUACAGAAUUAUAUGAAUCUAGUGAUUUUUUUUUUUUUAAAUCCCUCUCAGCAACAAUGAAUCCUCCAUUUCUGUUCAGUUACAUUAUUGUCUCCCUGUUCAGCUCUGUGUCGACGCCUGGACACAGACGUAGGGUUAUUAAAAGGGUUAAAAAGGAUGUUUUAUUUAAAGUAUUUCUUUGAGUCAAUUUUUGGGAUUGUAGACAGGCGAUUGUCACAGGUUUCUUUUUCCCUUCCAAAAUUCUCCUAAAUGAGUUUUCUCUUGACGGCAGCAGGUGUCUGA